GGUUCCCUGUCGACGUCUUCUACAGAAGAAGCAUCUUUGCUUAAGAAGACAAAGAAACAUGAAGCAUCUGCACAAAAGACGAUCAGGAGUCCAGGAAAAGAGAGUGCAUUGAGCAAGGUAAUAGAAUAAUUGUGUUCAACAUAAAUUGGUUUGGAGCCAAACUAAAACUAAAUUAAAAAUGAUUUAUAUAAGAAAUCACUACAAUCAAUGGUCUUUUUUAAAAUUGUUGUCUCUAUCCGCUAAUAAGGCCAAUCUCUAACAAUGUAAAAUUUUAGGUUUCGUUGUCUUCUGAAGAGGAAACAUUUUCGUUCCAAACAACAAAGAAACAUGUGGUAUGUGGACAAAAGACGUUCCACUAAUAAGGGCCAAUCUCUAACAACGUGAAUUUUAGAGAUCGGAUGACUUUUAAAGAGAAAACUUCUACGUUGCAAGCAAGAAAUAAACAUGUAUCCAAACAAGAAACCACACAAAGAGAGUACACCAUGCAAGGUAAUGAGAUUGCUUGUAUGAAAUUGAAAUUGGAUUGGAGUCAAACUAAAACUAAAUUAAGAACUUAUUUUACUGGAUUUCUCUACCGUGUUGCACUAAUAAGGGGCAAUCUCUAACAACGUGAAUUUUAGGGUUCCCUGACUUUUAAAGAGAAAACUUCUACGUUGCAAGCAAGAAAUAAACAUGUAUCAUCUGGACAAAAGACAACCAAGGAAUCACAGAAGGAAAGAACACUGAGCAAG